CUCUCUCUCUCUCUCUCUCUCUCUCUCUCUCUCUCUCUCCAUAUUCUGCUUUCCACUCAAAGCUUUUAUCCUUUCGAUCGACAUCAUCCACUAAUCAUCUACUUGAUUACUUCUCAAACGCAUCGGAUUUAUCUCAGUGGGUAGAGGAAUCAGUGUCAGUUAAAGUCGAAGAACGAUGGGUGCUUGCGUUUCAAAUCAUCAAAAAGCUUCUCCAAUGAAACCACAAAAAUCGGUUGAUUCUACUAAAAUAACAGAUCAUAAGGUAGUGAUUCAUCCUUCAUUCGGAAGCGAGAAAUUUCCGACCAUGAAUGGUCAUGUUGCUGUUAAACCUCAGUUGCCUCAUUCUCAAUCACCCGCUACUAUUUCCGAUUUCGGUAGUAAAGAGGAAACGUUCUUUGAUUCUCAAGCAUGGAUGGAUUCCGACUAUGAAGAUGAAUUCAUGAGCGUUAAUGGUGACUUUACACCGUCGAGAGGCAACACACCUUUGCACCAUAUCUCGACCAUCGAAACCAAACACAGUCAACUGAACACAGGAACUGGAACUGGAACAGGAACAGGGACUGAGUGUUCUUUAACGGACCACAAUGAAUCGGUUGGUCCCACACGUGAACCGUCACCAACUCCAUCGGACAAGAAAAUGAGACUUUUGGACCUUUUCAAAGAAAGUGUAAGGGAAGAUGAGGAGCAUGGAGAUGAUGAUAACAAGGAAAUUGGUGAACCACAAAAAGGAGAUGGUUUAAAAUCAAAGAGUGAGAGGCAUGUAAUUGGUUUGGGUUCUUGCUUCUCGAAUUUGCUCUAUGUUCGUGGGUCUGAAAGGCAAAAGAAAAAGAGUUUAACUUCGAGUGUGAUUGUUGCCGGAGCACCACCAUCGUCCGACCAUCAAAACCACCGCCGGAACCCUAGAACUAUCCGGCGCCGACUUCGCCAGAGAAAAAAAAAAAGAGAUUUGAACCAUCAUAGACCACCAUUUUUCUUUCUUUAUGUUGCUACGACAACCACCACUCUCUUUCUCUCCCUUCGCUGUUAUCAAUCGCCUGUCGGACCAUCUAAACCACCACCGACGACAAAGAUCUCAACAUCAUACGUUGGAUCUGUGAUUUCUGUCUGUGUCGUUUGUCUUUCCAGUGUCACAAUCGGAUCCUUCACUGUCUUUAUUAGCGUCUUUAUCGACUUCGGAACCCUAGGGUCGUUCGUCACCGGCUCUAUAGUACCUCCGUUGGUGGGUCAAGUUUAUUCUACCCCUGUCUGUGGUGAAACAAGAAUGAUGAUGAAAAGGUCAAGCAAGAUGAUGCCAUCAUCUGUAUACAAACUAUAG